UAAGUUUCAGUAGUCAUCGCAGAAAGUCCAAUAUGGUGUUCAUCGUUCAGCGGUUUAUCGAAUGACCGUGUUUUAAGAUAAAAUCUUUAUUCGGCGACCGCGUGGUGAACAAUAAUUAUGAAAAUUCGGUUAAAAACAUCACGCCACACGUAGAAAUUCUCAUGUCGUUGCGUCUCGCGCACGAUCGACAGUCGUGAAGAGAUCAGUGCCUCAAAGACGGAAUAACCGUAAUCUAUCUUUGGUGUGGAAUUUUAAGAAAUAAAAAGAUAUUGUAAAUUCAAAAAUGGAAACUAAGAAGAUGGAAGACAGCGCGGAAGUAAACGAUUCAGAAUCAGCGGCGAUUAAAAUCAAAGAGAAGAAGCAAAACUCGAUAGCGGAUAUCGCGACAUUAGAUAUAAAGUCACGUCUCAGUUUGGAGACGAUAGAGGCUCGUACAGAGCCUUACGUCAACGGGGUAGCUCAAGUGAACGGUAUCUGCGACUCUCCUCAAAGAAUUGCUAAUGUCUCUGAUCUAUCCCCACAAUCUCAGACAAUGGAAACUAGUCAUUUAAACCAACAUGAACAAGCAGAAACAUUAUCUGUGGAAAGUAAAGACAACGAUAUCCAAUAUGUUAGCUAUAUGAGCGAAUUACAAAUGCCUGAUAUUAUGAAGUUAAUACAGAAGGACCUAAGCGAACCUUACUCUAUUUACACAUAUAGAUAUUUUAUCCAUAACUGGCCGAAAUUGUGCUUCCUGGCAAUGCAUGGUGACGAGUGUGUCGGUGCCAUUGUCUGCAAACUGGAUAUCCACAGGAAGGUGAUAAAACGUGGUUAUAUUGCGAUGCUAGCCGUUGAUGUAAAAUAUCGUAAACGGAAGAUUGGAUCAAAUUUGGUAAGACGAGCUAUUCAAGCGAUGGUGGAGGAUGAUGCAGACGAGGUAGUUUUGGAAACAGAGAUCACUAACAGACCGGCGCUACGUUUGUACGAGAACCUUGGAUUUGUGCGCGAUAAACGAUUAUUUCGAUAUUACUUAAAUGGUGUAGAUGCAUUGCGAUUGAAAUUAUGGCUCAGAUGAAAUUCAUCUGUAUGCUUAUGUCAAUAGGUAUUUAAAUAAUUACAAUAUUGAAGAGAUAUAACAUCUAUGCUCUAUUGUGUGUUUUGUGCGUGCGUGCGUGCGUGCGUGCGU